AUGGUAAAGAGAUUGGAUAGAUUCGGAGACAUGAAUAAAGCUAACAGUACUUUAAACAGUAGACAUGCAUCGAGAGAUCGUAGUUAUAGUCCGGAUUAUCCAAUAGCUGUGACUAAUAAAUUUGAUAGAGCUCAAUAGAGACAUAAUACUUCAUUCGGUCCAAUAGAAGAGAACAAUCGUGCACAUGGAACUUAGUCAAUACAAAAGAGAUCAACUAAUGUGACUUUGAGUGUGCAAAAUAGUCCAAGAGUAAAAUCAUCUCUUGAUAACCGACAACCUUUAAUUCCUAAAACAAAAAACAUUGUCAAUUAGUCCGUUGACUUUGUCGAUAGAUGCAAUAUAUCAAUUAAUGAGAUUAUCAAGUCAAGCAUGCGCAAAACGACCGGCGACUAACUCUUCGGUAUUUCUGGCUAUCAUAUUCCUAAUACAAAUAUCGUGACAUAAAGACCCAGGACUACGAAGUUUACUCAUUAUAAUGUACCUCAAUUCAUGGAUAAACAGGUAAAAGCAAAGGAAUUCGUCCCAGGUCCUAAAUAUGAAACAAUGAGUGAUUGGAAAGAUAACUUUAAGGGUAGAGGACACUUUACUAAAAGCCCUAGAAUCACUUACACUCAAAAUAUUAUUAAAGAAAGCAAGCUUUAAGAUUCGCCUGGGCCAGGAGCUUAUAAGCAUCCUGAAUAUAUCAAAGCAAGAAAGGGUGAAAAGGGUAAUGUAGCAUUAUCAGAAAAGAUAUGUGGAUUUAUCGAGGAGGCCAAAUUUUUGGGGUCAGAGAGUCCUCCAACAAAAUAUGAAGUCAGCUAUGAUCGUGUUGACUCUGAUAUGAAAUAUGCAAGGAUAAAGGCAAGUAAAGUCAGCAGAAUGGAUAAGCUAGUCAAGGAUCCAAACAAGCCAUCACCAGGAGAUUAUAAUACAAUUGAUGCCUAUUAAAAGACGCAAAUACUGACUCGAGUGCACAAGAUCGGUAUUUCUAAGAAUAAUUGCUUCGUGGAUGAAGCCUAGAAAGCCAAAAACUUUUUACCAGGCAUAGGAGCCUAUAAGGUAACAAGCAAGGCUUACGAUCUUCUGAGCAAAAGCCCUAUAUCCAUUAGAAAACUCAGACAAUGA